AUGCCUCACCAGGUCGAGCAAGCCGCCGAGCCCGUUGUGCUCGUGCGGGAGCUGGAGGACGACGAGACAUAUGUCCUCAACAGCUUUGAGAGCCACGCCGGUCACUGCUCCCGUUGUGCCAACCCCCUUAAGACUCGCGAGGAAGACCGGUCUCUAUGCAAGCGCGGCCACCAGUAUGCCCGCGACGUGGCUGAAUACCUGCGCAGCAAGAACGGCAAGAUCUACUCGGUGGUCGACCUAGAGCGCAACCGAUCCACACUGGUCAAGGUGCCUCUCAAGUAUGCCGCUGCCCGUCAGCUGCUGCUAGCAAUCGAGGACGGCCUGCGCGUGGAGAAGAAGUCAAUCGCCGGCGUUCGUGCCUCUGCGCCCCCGGUCAUCAGCUACGAUGCUACCUAUCCCGUGCCCCCUCGACGCACCACCACUCAGGACUACCUUCAUCCUUCGCAGGCCAUCAUCGAGCGUGAGCCACGGACCCUGAAGCGUCACCGGACCAUCAUCUACACAUCCCCUCGCAGCUCGCCCAGCCGAGGGUCACUGUACGAGGCUGAUGCGGCCGAGCGGUAUGAGCGCGUCAAGGAAUCGUCCCGCAUCUACCGGCCGACCGACUACCACCGUUGA